AUGUUUUCUAGCUCAGCAUCAUUACCUCUAUCAGCAGGUUCAGAGAGAUAUUCAGCAAAGCUUGAUGAAGUGACAAAGAUAAUAGACGUUCUUGAAGCUGAUAUUCACAAACAUACCCUGGACUCACUGCAGCGAAGCACCUAUCUGGAAAAACUUAAGGUGUAUGGACGAGAUCCUACCCAUUCUGAUCCUAUCUACACGAAACAAGGAAUCUCAACACUAGCUCAUUAUGCUUUCAACCCUUUGUCUGAUACAGAUUCUCAAGCUGCUCUCAGAUGUAUAGCUAAUGCGAUGUUGCUACGGCCCGAAACAAGACAGAUAUUUUUGGAUCUCGGCCUGGAGGAAACUGCAUGUGAUAGAUUGUGCAAGCAUAGUCAAGAAACGGAAUUCCUGAUUUCUCGUAUUCUGUUUUUGAUGACUUACGAUACCAAUAUUGAUCUGGAGAAAUUAAUCAGUCAACAUGAUCUUGCACGCGGUAUCUGUGCAAAUCUAAGCAGGCAUUCCGAAAAAAUUUUAAAGCUACAAAAGGUAUACUCAAAUGAUUCAACUGAAAGCAUGGCUCUAUCUGAGACACUCAAAUUAAUGUUUAAUAUUACGCAUUUUUGCCCACAAAAAAGUACCGAUUUUUCUCCUGCUCUCAAAGAUUUGUUUGAAAUUCUAAUAAAUCAGCCCAUAUCAGUCAAAAAUCCAAUGGACCCGUUUGUUGGACCUAUUAUUAAUGCAAUAAUGAACUUGCCUCUGGAAAAGAAUUCUACAAUAAUAUUUCCCGAAGGCUCGCCCGAAAUUUCUAUUGAUUGUUGCGUUCGGAUUCUUGAGAGGAGUCUUCAGGCUUACGAGGAUCAAGCCUUGGAACAAAACGUUCCUCCUUUAAUUAUUCUUCUUCGGAAGAUUAACGACUGUGCACCUCCUACUGUGCAGAGUCACCUACAACGCCUACUUUUACCGUCCACGGAAGACCGCGAAAAAAUACUUGGCCGUACCGAUUCUCUCCCAUCACAACUCCUCCGUCUAUCUUCUAACAGUGUGAAUCCUCAAAUCCAAGAAUCUAUUUUAACUCUAUUAUUUGAAUUAAGUGGUUGUGACGCGAAAACCUUCAUUCACAACCUAGGCUAUGGCUAUGCAUCAGGCUUUUUAUUCAAGCAUAAAGUGCCAGUACCAGAAAAUUGCCUUCAAAACCCCUCCAUUGUAACUGCCAGUAGUAACGAUGAUUUAAGCUCCCAAGUUAAUCCCAUUACCGGACAACUACUGGAAAAAGAAGAAAACGUGGAGAUAGAGGAAAUGACUGAAGAAGAGAAAGAAAGAGAGGCAGAGAAGCUUUUCGUUUUGUUUGAAAGAUUAAAUAAAACAGGAGUAAUUUCAGUUAACGCGCCUGGAAUUCACUCUGAUUCUAAUAGAUUUGAAGAGGUCAUUGACCACAAGUAA